AUGGCGAACGAAGAAUAUGAGUAUCGGAGCACAAUAACGCCGCGUGCGUCCUUCAACCGCGCUUCGGGCCAAUUCGGAAGCGACAUCAAUAUCUCGCCCGGUAAGUUAUUGGUUUAUGUACAUAACGUCGUAUCUUUGGUCUAUGACUUUGGUCUUUUCUUGGAUUUGAAUGACGACGUACUAUAUGUAAUUUCGAAUUUGGUAGAGUGCUAGCUGAGUAUUUGUGACCAGUACUAGACAAACAUUUUAGUCAGAACUAGUACUACAGUACUGAAAUUUGUACUACUUUACUUUGAAUUAUUACAUUCUUACUUUUACUUGCUCUUACGGUAUUCAAUUUCACUAUACAGUACCGUACUGUUUUUUCAUUAUUUACUCAAAGCUGCUAAGAUAAAAUUCAUAGUACUAUUUAGUACAGUACUAUUUUAAACAUUCUCUAUGUACUACACUAAGAACUAUUCAUAUUAGUCACCUCCACAGUACUACCACUACUAUUACAUUACUGUUGUAUCAUACUUGAUACUUGAACUGUACCACCUCUUUACCCUACCUACUCUACCCAUGGGAGCCUCAUCCUCAUUCCCCUCUGACCUACCCCCAAAACCUCCUCGCUCAUCUCGAAGUCUGUCUAAAACCCUAUCUAAAGCCUCAAGAACCUCAUCAAUGCCUCCAGAUGUCUACUCUUCUCACGAUGAAUCAUUAUAUGUCAUUCUGCCUAAAUCUCGAGAAAUGUCGGCAUCCAUGUCACUUUUUGUAGUUUCUCCUAUAACCAAGCCUGAGGGUUCACAUAGCACUCAGAUAUCGUAUGUUAAGCCUAAUGAUAUAUCAUAUGUUAAGGCUGAAGGUACAUCGUAUGUUAAGCCUAACAAUGUGAUUAGUCAGGAGAGAUACGGUAGAAAUCCGUAUAUAAGGAGGAGUAGUGACAGGGGUUAUAUGGAGGUGUUUGAUGACUCUGGAGGUGGUUAUGAAAAUUUGUUGUACUAUAGAGAUUCUGAAGUCAUUUCUGAUCAUAGGUCCCAAAAUAAUGUUGUACCAUCAGUACCAUCUUCUGUAUCUACCCCUUCGUCUUCUAUAUCAAUCUCUCCAAGUCAUCCUAAUCUAAAUACUGUACCUCACCGUAAUCUGAAUACGUCACCCAACCCAAACCUAACCCCUCAACCCCACCCUACUCUCAACUCUCCACCCCAUCUAACCCCCAACUCUCAACCCCACCCUAAUCCAAGCAUUGUAGCCUCAGGCAACCGCACCAUUCGCGUCGUGACCGAAACCGUGACCAAGAACAUUGGCAGUGGUGUAUCGUCCCUUGGCUCGGGACCAGCAUCGGCCGUCCGUGAAAACAAGGAACGUGAACGGAAACAACUCAGCGAGCUCAAUGACUUGUUGGCUAGCUACAUUGAGAAGGUCCGAUUCUUGGAGGCCCAAAACCGAAAAUUGGGCAUGGACAUUGAGAAUAUCAAGAAGAUUGCCAACAGAGGGCCUACUACCAUCAAGACCAUGUUUGAGGUGGAGAUUAGAGUAAGCUAAACGUUUUCAAUAAGUAUUAUUCUGUUCAAAAAGUAAUGAGCCACUGAAAAAAGAAAAACUAUUAUACAAAGGAAAUUGCAUGAUUUUUUAAUGUUUCCUGAUUUUUUUUGAAAAGUUGCUAAGAGCUAGCUCAUUACUUUUUGAACAACCUUAUCAUUGAGCCCCUGCAGGUUGCGGAACCAUGUUAUACGCAAAAAAAAACAAUUAAGCGCUGUAUUACCUUCUUUUUAAAAUUUAUAGAAUAAGAAACACAUCUGUCAAUUUUAAAAAGACCUUUUAAACUCUUUAAGUCACAUUUUUCUUUAAUUCGUACAAAAUUCCCGGAAUUUUUGACAUAAAACCGGUUUCGUCCCUCUUCCGCCAAAACUAAUUGGAAAUUAAGCGUUGUAUAGCGUUAAUUAGACCUUUAAUUAGAAUUUUUGUAAAAGACAUUUAUUUGAGAGCUGUAUAAGAUAAAAUACGACAAGCUAAAAAACAAAAAAUAUUUUUUUAAAUUUCUUAAAUUUCAAAAAAAAAUUCAAAUUUCAAAAAAUUAAUAAAAUCCAAAAAAUAUGAUCACAAAGCCUAUAAAACCACGUUUAGUCAGCCCAAAAAAUGAUUGACGACACGGACAACGAGAAGCGUCACACCGAAGAAGACCUUCGACGUCUUCAAGAUCAGGUCAAUGAACUUCGUCGCAAGUUCGAGCAAGCCUCACGCGAUCGUGCCGCCGACCGGCAGAAAAUCGACGAUCUUCUGGUCGAGCUCUCCAACCUCGAAGCUGAAAUUAACCUCCUGAAGCGUCGUAUCGCUUUGUUGGAGGAUGAAGUUAAACGCCUUCGUGCUGAAAACCAAAGACUUCAGAACGAAAUUCGUCGUGUCCAAACAUUGAUCGACCAAGCACGUUUGACAAAAUUGGAUAACCAAAACAAGGUCAAGACAUUGUUGGAGGAGAUUGAGUACCUACGUCGUGCUAACGAACAAGAAAUCAAGGACUUGCAAGACCAAAUUGGUCGUGACACUACAAACGAAAAUCGCGCUUACUUUGGCAACGAAUUGGCCAAUGCUAUCCGUGAUAUUCGUAGACAAAUUGAAGACGAUGACAAUGCUUUCAAGAACGACAUGGACUCGUGGUACCGUAAGACCGUCCAAGAAAUCGAAACUCAAGGUGCUCGCAACGAUAUGGAGCAGGGUCAUCUGAAGGACGAGUUGAAACGUCUGAAGCAACAACUCGCCGACCUGCGCAACAAGAUUGCAGAUGCUGAAGGCCGCAACGCCUUCUUACAAAAGCAACUUGAAGACCUGAACAACCAAAUCGAAGAUGAUCAACGUGGCUACGAAGAUGCCUUGAAUGCCAAGGACAAUGAGCUACGCAAGCUUCGUGAAGAGUGCCAAGCCUUGAUGGUGGAGCUUCAGAUGUUGCUUGACGCUAAACAAACCUUAGAUGCUGAGAUCGCAAUCUACCGCAAAAUGUUGGAAGGAGAAGGUGAUGGUCCUGGCCUUCGCCAACUUGUCGAACAAGUUGUUCGUACUACCGGAAUCAACGAAGUCGCUGAUACUGAAACCAUGCGUGUGGUCAAGGGUGAAACCAGUAGCCAUCAAUCCUACUCUCGUUCAGCCAAGGGCAAUGUUUCUAUUCAAGAAACUUCUCCUGAUGGUAAAUUCGUGACCCUGGAGAACACUCACCGUUCCAAGGAAGAAGCCAUUGGAGAAUGGAAAUUGAAGCGCAAGAUUGACGGUAAACGAGAGAUUGUCUACACUUUCCCCAAGGACUACGUGUUGUUGCCUGGCAGAACUGUCAAGAUUUGGGCCCGCAACCAAGGCGGCAUUCAUAACCCUCCAGCUCAAUUGAUCUUCGAUGGGGAAGAGACUUUCGGUGUUGGUGCCAACAUUCAAACUAUCUUGUACAACACUCAAGGAGAGGUAAUUUUACAAUAUGUUUGUCACAAUUUUAAAUUCUUAUGGUAUUAUAUGCCUCAAAGAGCAAAUCUAUAACCUAAAGUAAAAAAAAAGACUAAAAUUUUAAAAUUGCAGGAACGUGCCACUUUGAACCAACGUCAAUCCCAGACCAGCCAGACUCAUCAAUAA